UUCAUAAAGCACUUCCGGGGUUCAUGUCUUGAGCGCUUGUUUUUUUUUUUCGUAGUAGCUACAGUAACUGUGUUUUCAGUUUGCAACUUUUAUACACAUUUACUUCAGCACAAUGUCCCGAGGGUCAAGUGCCGGAUUUGACCGACAUAUUACUAUCUUCUCUCCAGAGGGCAGACUCUACCAAGUCGAAUAUGCAUUUAAGGCUAUCAAUCAAGGAGGCCUUACCUCAGUAGCUAUCCGAGGACAGGAUUGUGCAGUUGUCGUCACACAGAAGAAAGUUCCAGACAAGCUUCUUGAUGCCUCAACAGUCACACACUUGUUUAGAAUCACAGAAAACAUUGGCUGUGUCAUGUCUGGAAUGACAGCCGACAGCAAGUCCCAAGUCCAGAGGGCUCGCUACGAGGCUGCUAACUGGAAGUAUAAGUACGGUUAUGAGAUCCCAGUGGACAUGUUGUGUAAGAGGAUGGCCGACAUCUCCCAGGUGUACACACAGAAUGCUGAGAUGAGACCGCUUGGUUGCUGCAUGAUUGUGAUUGGUGUGGAUGAGGAGUGCGGUCCCCAGGUCUAUAAGUGUGACCCUGCAGGGUACUACUGUGGUUUCAAGGCCACUGCGGCCGGGGUCAAACAGACAGAGGCAACCAGCUUCCUGGAGAAGAAGGUCAAAAAGAAACUGGACUGGACCUUUGCGCAAACAGUUGAGAUGGCGAUCACUUGUCUGUCAACAGUUCUUUCCAUUGACUUCAAGCCUUCUGAACUAGAGAUUGGCGUCAUUACAACAGAAGACCCUAAAUUCAGGAUCUUGACUGAGUCUGAGAUUGAUGUCCACCUUGUGUCCCUGUCAGAGCGAGAUUGAGUGUUUUCUUGAGUCUUGAGGACGGAAUAUCCUAAAGACAUCCAAGUACUACUACAGAAAUUAAGAACGAAAGCCCUGACCUCUUUUUUUGCUGUACAUUUACUCUGUUCAAUUAAAGAUGUUUUUGAGAAACUCAAA